AUGACCGAGUCAGCCCCAUCUCAGCCGUCAAACUCGGCGGCUCCCGGAUCCCCUCCUUCCGAUGGACCGAUUCUUCCCAUCGCCCACCCUCACCCCGAUGCCAAGCCACCGACACCUCACGAGCUCACAUCGGAACAGACCGAGUUCGUCCACAAGCUCAUCGCGCGCUUCAAUGAACCCGGCUUCGCGCUUCCGACCACGCUCAAAGCUUGGAGACCUCCCUCCCGUGGAUGGUUCGGAUCCUUCGGCGCAGGAGGAGGAGAAAAGCAAAGCUCCACUUCCACUUCCAGUUCAGCAAGUUCGACCUCGUCCGCGAACGAAUCGGUCCCGCUUUCGGAUGUGGAAAAGUGCUAUUGGUCGUGGGAACAGUUCCAACGCGUUGCGAGGGCCGUCAAGUGGGAUUAUCCCGCCGCGAUCAAACGCGCCGAGGAGAUUUUGGUUUGGCGACGAGAAUUCGGCAUCGAUUCCAUGACCGCUGAGCAGGUGUCGCAUGAAGGAGAGACGGGCAAGGAGCUUUCGGUGAGUGUUGGUUCGAUGCUUCGUGUCGUUUUGUGGGGUGACACGAUGUGGUAUCCAGAUUUUCUCAAGCGCCGUCUGACUCUGGCUUCUUCCUUCCUCUAGUUUGGCUACGACUUUGCUUCAAGACCCAUCUUGUACAUGCACCCGUAUCGACAAAACACUAACACCUCGCAUCGCCAAAUCGAGUUCGUUGUCUGGUGCCUCGAACGCACGCUCGACCUCGCGCCCGCAACGAACCCCCCGACCGAGAUGUUGUGCUUGUGCAUCGACUUUGGCGCCAGUCGCAACGUCAAGACACCACCGACCUCUCCGGGGACGGCCAAGGAGGUGCUCAAGAUCUUGCAGACCUACUACUGCGAGCGAUUGGGACGAGCUAUCUGUGUUGAUGUACCAGGGUGAGGAUUCUUGGCGAUUUUCAGAGUCGAAGUUGCACGGACUAAUCUUGAAAUUCCGAAUCUACGCGCCACCCCAGCUUCUUCUGGCCAUUCUACACGCUCGUCAAACCCUUCGUCGAUCCCCGAACCAAGGACAAGAUCCGAUUCCUCAGCGACGCCGACGCGACGGACCUCAUCCCCGCCUCUCAAUUGCAAAACAUGUUCGGAGGUGAAGUCAACCUCGAAUACAACCACGAGGCCUUCUUCCCCGCCUGGACCAAGAUGUGCGAAGAAAGGCGGGCGGCGAACUUGGACCGAUGGAGGAAGUACGGGAAGGGGUUGUGUGGGCUUAGUGAAUUAGUUAUUCGAGGGGCUCAGGUUCCUGAGGGGGGAGAUGAGGGGGGAGAGAGGAAAGACGUCGAGAGCAAGGUUGAGGUCGACGAAAGUUCAGUUAGCGCCACGACGACGAUGAAGGACGACGCGUCGAUCAAGGGCCUCAGUAAUGGUGUCGACAAGUUGACCGUGUCUUCGACACCACAAGACGUGGACGGGACACUUGCGCCUGCUUCGACGAAGCCGACCGAGUUGGGGGAGGUGCUAGAGCCCAUCAAAUCCGCGCCUUUCGUCGACGCCCCACUUGCUUCCGAAUCCGCAGUAGCUAGAGCCGUCGAACCUAUCGCCUAG